AUUUUACCUAAUUUAUAAAAAGAGUAUAUUUUAUUUUGUGCUCGCUCGCUCCGAUAACAAAUCGAAGAUAUACCGAGUUAGUACAAAUUAACUAUAUAGCAUUAUACUACUACCACCACUACCACCACAACCACAACCACCACCACCACUGGGAAUGGAUAAGAUCAAGAUCUCAAGUUUGGAGCUGCUUCUAAAGCUACCGGGAGAUCCCAAUCCCAAUCAUAUUGUUUCAGAUGUUUCUAUAUUAAGUUGUGGAUGUCUAGUAUCAGAAUCAGGAUUUAUUAAUCAAACUGUAUGUCCUAAUUGUAAAACAGAAAAUGUCAAGAUAUUAUCUGAAAUAAAACCAUUACGUGAAUUAUAUAAGAUUAUUCAACAAUUAAAUAGUCAAUUGAGUAACUUUUCUCUGAAAAGAAGAAGAUCUUCAUCUCGAAAGAGUAUUAAAGCAGGAACUAUUGAAGGUUUAACUUUAUCAGAGACUGGAUUACAACAACAAGAAUCUAUGGAUUUAAUAAGUUUAUUUUAUAAAUUUGCUAAAGAAGAAGAAUAUGUUCAUAAUGAAACUCCAUUAUCUCCUGAUAAUGCUAAAGUUCAACCAAUAAAUAUUCGAAAUAAAGGUAGUAGUAUAUCUUCUACAGCCAUAAUACCAAAUGUAUCUGAUAAACCUGAAUUAACUCAACCAUCUUCAUUAACAAAUCUGUAUCAAAAUUCUACUUCAAUCCUGCCAAAUCAUCACACCCCAUACUUAGGGUUAGAUAAUAAUGAUGUUACAAAGAAUUCACCACUUGAAAUUGAAAAAAAUUUACUUGAAACUUUAAGUGAAGAAAAAGAAUAUAAUUUUAGUAAAUGUUAUCCAUUUCAUCGUAAACUUACUACAUUUGCAACUCAACAACUUAAAUUUUCUAUGAGUAAUUUAUCAUUUAAAUCUUCAAAUUCUAUAAUGAAGAAAACAGCAAGAUUUAUUGGAAGUAGUAUUCAUACUUAUUUAGAUUUUAAUUUGGGUAAUGAAGUAACUAGAUUUGUAUUAAUAACUGAAAAAAAAUGGGAAUUAUAUGAAUAUAUUGUUCCUAUAGGUGAAAGUGAUAAUUUAUCAGUUAAACCAGUUUUAAUAUGUUGUGGGAAACUGACAGGAGAAUAUGGAGAAAAGGUUAAUAAUUUAAAUACGACUACUCCAAUAAAAGAAAUAAUUGUAAAGAAUGAUUUUAAUUCAGAUUCAUCAAAUGAUGCUGAUAUGAGAAAAAGAUUACAACUGUGGGAUCAUUUAUAUUGUAAAUUAUCAAAAAAUUAUUUAUUAAUAUCCGGUACGAAGGGAAUAAUGAGAUUAUUUAAUGUGAAUAGAAUGUCACCAUAUGGAUUUGGUCAACCUAUUUAUACUUAUAUAACAAAUUUCCCUAUACGAUGUGUAUCAAUUGCUCCUAAUGAUGCACUUUUAGCAUGUGCCAUUACUGCUAAGGAAAGAUUAUCAAGUAAAGAACAACCAUUUGUAAUAUUACAUAGACUUCAAUCUUCAGAAGAUGGUUAUUUACAUUCUGUUGAUCCUAUAACUAUAACUAUACCUUAUCGAGAUCCUAUUAAAAUUCUUAAUUUCAAUCCUUCUUCAAGUCAUUUAUUAUGUUGUACAGUAUGGGAAUCAAGAUAUCUUGUAAUUAGAUUAAAGAAUAGUAAUGAUAAUUCAGAAAAUUAUCGAAAGCCCAGAUUAAUUUGGUCUGAUCAAACUUAUAAAUCAGGUAGAAGAUAUAGAGAUGGAGAAACUGAUGAAGAAGAAUUACGAGAAAAUGAUAAUGAUUUAAUGAUGACUAAUGAAGGAGUUACUGAUUUACAAUUUGGCAGUAUACAUUCUAAUGCAAUUAUAAUUACCUCAUGCUCUUUAAAAAGUCGACCACCAAUGAUAGUAAGAUUAGAUGGAGCACUGAUUGAUUGGAAAAGAAAUAGAUCAGUAUCUGAUAGUCAAACAAGUGUUGUUAGUGUUGAAGAUGAUGAAAUAAAAUCUUCAGAAACAUUAACUAAAUUUUCUGAAGUUGGAUCUUCAAUUCAUAGAUUUACUAUAUCACCAAGAGGUGAUGGUAUAGUAUUUCUUGAUAAAACUGGUAAAAUUUAUUUGGUUUCUUCACCUAGUUUAAGAUUUAGUGCGACAAGUAUUUCAACUAACAAAAAUGUUGUCGUACUUUUAGGUGAAGUAUCUAAUGCUGAAAGAUUUACUGAAGCUGCAUCAAUUAAAUUUUCACCAGAUGGAGGUAAAGUUUUUGCAGUUGAUCGUAAAGGAGUAUUUUCAGUAUAUGACUUUACAAAAGGAGUACCAGGAGAAGAUCUUGAUGUAGUUAAAUGCAAAAUCAUUAAUAUUUAAAUUUGCAGCUAAUUAUAAUUGCCGUACACACUCCGGUAUAGAAAGCCGCGCAGAGCCACACAUUUUUGGGGGUUUAACGAGAGCAGAGAAAACAGUGAGCAGAAGCGACCACAAAGGUAAAAAAAAACUUUUGCAAAAUGGUUCCAUGUAAUGAGUU